AAACUAGUGAUUUUGACUGUUGUACCCACUUUUUCAUACAUCUGUCAAAGUUUUCAUUAAAAAAUCCUCAAAAUUUUCGUAUAGUACGUUGAGUUAAAAUGUAUUAUAAGAAAAUCAAAUCGUCAAUUCACUCAUCAUAAUAACUCACGAUGGAAGAACUGAAUCAUUGGGCCACCAUGGUAAAAUGCAGUCUAUGUGGAGAGAUACCAGAAAGUGCACCAUUAUAUCAAUGUCCAUUACAACAUCAAUAUUGUUUCACCUGCAUCAAUGAUUUGAAAAAAAUAUAUAGAGGGUACAUUAAAGGUGGUUCUACGUGUGUAAUUUGUAAAAUAUCUGGUGUAUUCACUCAAAGCAAAAUCAACACAGAUUUCCUGAACAAAAUCAAAGCAAAACCAGGAAUUGGGAGACCGUGCCGAUAUAAUGCAACGCCCAUUUUGAAUAAUUCUUAUAUUUAUUCGAGAACCCAGCAGAAAAAUGGAAUAUGUCAAACAAAUGGAGUGAAUAUAACCGUAGAGGGUUUGUUUCAACUCCCUUCCGAAGAGUUGCGAAAAAUAUUAGGCGAUAGAAGUGAUUUUUCUUACUCGAUGGUAACUAAGGAGUCAACUCAGUUCGACAAGAAUUCGAGACAAAUACAUAAUAGUUACACCCAAACUGUUUCAUCUCAGUCAAGAAUACCAAUCAAAUGUCCACAUAAACCAUGCAAGAAAAUGGUGGCCACCUCAGCGUUCGUUACUCAUUUCAAAUACGAGCAUCCAGAUAUAAUAAAGUAUUAUGUUGAAAGGGGAAAGGAGUUGUGUAUACCGUGUAAUAUGUUUAUGGUUGAACAUAAUGCACAUUUUUGUUUAGCAAUGAUCACCGUUUAUGAAAUAAACAAAAUAGAUGUUAGGAAGUCUAAAAGUUCUCAAAGUGUCAUAAAAACUUGUGGUAGAUUUAGUCAACAGGUUCCUAUCAGUUCAUUUUGGUUAAUGGUAACUGGGUCCAUAGAAAAAAAGCCAAAUUUAUCUUGUGCUCUAUAUUGGUUAUUCAGUACUUCAGAUGAUCGUUAUCAAAGUACUAUUGAACUUUCAUCAAAGUAUGAUUCAAUAUCAUUUUCAACUUUUUGUGGUAUCAACACAUCACAAAAAUUUAAAUUCAGCCAUAUAGCCGAAAACCUCAACUGUUUAAUUAUAAGCAGAGCAUCCAUAUGUGCUCUACUCAAAGAAGGGCCGGAUGUGAAUUUGAGAAUAACUGUACACUGAUUAGAGUAUGUCCGAACAAUAUGUGAAAAUUACUGUUAAGUAUUAUCUUAAUAAAAAUAUCUGUCUAAUACAA